UAUUGUAAUUUUUAACCUUACUAUUUGUCUGUGAUAAAUAACUACCAUGGCGGAGUAUGUAGGUGACGAACAUUUUUGUAAAGAAAAUAUACAAACUUUUAAUAAUGAAAGACGAAGUAGUAAACAAUGGGUUAAACUAAAUGUUGGUGGAACAUAUUUUUUAACUACUAAGACAACUUUAUCUAGGGACCCAAAUUCGUUUCUUUAUCGAUUAAUACAAGAAGACAGUGACUUAAUUUCGGAUAGGGACGAAACAGGUGCAUAUCUAAUAGAUAGAGACGCUACAUACUUCUCGCCAGUGCUCAACUAUCUUCGUCACGGAAAGCUAGUAAUAAAUAACGACAUAGCCGAAGAAGGGGUGUUAGAAGAAGCAGAGUUUUACAAUAUAACCGAGCUUAUAAGAUUAGUGAAAGAAAGAAUCUGUUUGAGGGAGAGAAGGCCUCUCAAAGACUCUAAAAAGCAUGUGUAUCGAGUAUUGCAAUUCCACGAAGAGGAACUUACGCAAAUGGUGUCAACAAUGUCUGAUGGCUGGAAGUUUGAACAGUUGAUAAACAUUGGGUCCCAAUAUAACUAUGGUAAUGAGGAGCAUGCUGAGUUUCUGUGUGUGGUCAGUCGUGAAUGUGGCAGUUCUCUCAAUAGCAAUGACAUAGAGCCCACUGACAGAGCAAAGGUUUUGCAGCAAAAAGGGUCCAGAAUGUGAACACAUGUCAAAUUCUGCAAAUUAUAGUUCUUAAGACAUUUGUGUGCAGAUUGUGUAUAUAUAAUUAAUAUUAUGGUAGUGUGACGAUAGCUAUUCUGUUCCAUUGAUUUCAUGUUAUAUGUGAUUUUAGGCGCUAGAAAAAUGGUGUAGAGCUGUUAGAGGGUUGCCACUUGACAAAUUGAUAUUUGCUUUGUAUAGAGGAAGUGUAAACAUGUAAGCGCAGUACAAGUAUCUUUAGAAGAUAUAUCUACAUUAUUUGUUAGCACAUAGGUAAUGUUUUUUACUUUAACAAUUUUACAGUACUUGAAGAUAAUCUGUGCUUUAUUGCUUUACAUAAAAAAAAAACAUUAAAAA